GGGAAAGUGAAGCGUGCUUCUUCCGACCGACGCUCGGGGACGCACCGCCAUGGGGGCGGACUGCAGCCGGUGUGCCAUCGGCCGCCGCAAGCCCGCCGCCUCCUCCGCAUCGCACAAGAACGUUAACGGCGCGACUCGGGUUGCCGUGGGCGACGCCGCGCCCAGCGAGGACGAACAAGAGGAGGCGAUGCGCCUGCUCCGCGAGGAGUUCAAGCAGCGGCCCACCGUGUUCCUCCUCAGUCAGAUCAUUCUCGCCGUUCAGUUCUUCAAGAACUUCGACAGAGACAGGCGACGGACAUAUGAGCUUAAGCAAAAAAGAGAAGACGAACUCAACAAGACAUUAAAGAAGGAUAGAAAGGCCGUCAUUUACUUGGGGUCACCUUAUGAGGUCAUUGGUGAGGUCAUAGAGUACUCCCACUCCGACAACGACGAGCCAAGCCUGGGUCACGACCUGGAGUACCUGAUCGUGCACGACUCGAUCAGUGUGCGGGGCAGGUUCGACGAACCGGAGGAAAACGACGCCACCGACUACCAGUUCGUCAUGCAGAAAUGCCGGAAUGAAGGGUACGUGCGUCUGCAGCUGGAGGGCCGUUCGGGCCCAGCGCACAGCACGGUGGCGCCCAACCGGCCGGGGUCGGGGAAUUCUCAGAAGGCGAAGCGGACCACGUCCACGCGUUCCGACCGGGACCAACCGACCGCCGCGCAGCGGGCUCAGCAGACGCCACAGGUCAACGGAGGCCACGGGGGAGGAUCGGGGAGCGACGGCGGCCCCAACGCCGACCCAGCGGUCAAACACGACUCGGAGGGACCGCAGGAGAAGGGGCGCGACUCGGAGGGACCGCCGGAGAAGGGGCGCGACUUGAAGGGACCGCAGGAGAAGAGGCGCGACUCGGAGGGACCGCCGGAGAAGGGGCGCGACUUGAAGGGACCGCAGGAGAAGAGGCGCGACUCGGAGGGACCGCAGGAGAGCAGGCGGCGGCAGGGUCAGCAAGCGACGAGCGAACAUGCCGGAUCCAGGCAGAAGGCAGACGGAACGCGCGAUGACGACCCACCAGCUCAUCGUCACCGCCGGCAAGAAGCGGCCACCAAAAGACAGCACGACGCGAAGUCUCAGUCGAGUGGCCAUGUCCAGGACACGUCUGUGUCCAACGGACGUGCUCCCGAGAGACCACUAUCUAACGGCCACCUCACAGGGGAACCUCUGGCCAGUGGACAUGCUGCGGGGAGACCUAUGGCUGGUGGAUAUCUCCCUGAUGAAGGACACUUGAGUGGGGACUCCGGCGGAUAUUCGUCAGGAGGGCAGGCGUCCUGCAGCAGCUCGCCCAGCGAUGACGACAAAAAGGUGCGGAAAACGACCUUUGAUCUUCUGGUACUUUUCCGUCUGACGACGUUGACAUAAAAGCGACAAGUACGAAAUGGGUUCA